CUUGGUAUUUUUUUUUUUCUCUACAUAUAAUUCUCUAGCAAGCUUUUAUUUUCUUUUUAUUUUAUUUUAUUUUUUUAAUUAACAAAUUGUAAUAUGAACACUGAAAUAUCAAAAGACGAAGCAGCUAUUUACGAUCGUCAGAUUCGACUUUGGGGUUUCGACGCGCAACAAAGAAUUGGUAAAGCUGAUAUUCUCAUUGCUGGGAUGCGUGCUUUAAGUGAUGAAGUUUGUAAAAACCUUGCUUUAGCUGGUGUUGCCAGCAUUACAUUACUUGAUCAUGAAACAGUAACUGAAUACGAUUUGGGUGCUCAAUUCUUUCUAACUGAAGCUAAUAUUGGACAGAAUAAAGCACAAGCAGCAGCAAGUAGUAUUCGAAAUUUAAAUCCUCGUGUUCAAGUGAUUGUUGAUCAGCAAAACAUUAAAGAAAAAACUCCAGAAUUUUUCGAAUCAUUUUCAGUUGUAUGUUUAAUUCAUUCUGAUUACACAUUAAUAGCACACAUAGAUGAAAUCAGAAGAAGAGUUAAAAAGCCAUUCUAUGCUGCCGACGUCUUUGGCUGGUUUGGCUAUAUUUUUUGCGACUUGAUUGAACAUGCUUAUAUUCAAGAAAAGAAAUUAAAUUCUCCUGUUGAUACUAAAAAAGCAACAACUGUGGAAAAGACGGCAAGAGUAGAGAUCUAUUCCAGCUUAGAUGAAUCUUUGCAAAAGAAUUGGACAGAUACAAGAAUUAAGACUAUUAAAAGAAGAACUUCGCCUAUGACUUUUCUUAUUCAUAUAUUGUUGAAGUUUGAAAAAGAAUAUCAACGAAUUCCAACAAAAGCAGAUGAAAAGCUAUUACUUGAAAAUAAGUCUAAAUAUUUAUCUGAUAUGGGUAUUAAUGACGAUAGUAUUUUAGAUGAUAACUUGAUAAGUGAAAUGGUGAGGUUGUAUGAUACAGAAUUAUCAGCUGUAGCUGCUAUUGUGGGCGGUAUUUUAGCACAAGAUAUUUUAAGAACCCUUUCUGCUAAAGAAUUGCCUAUUCAAAACUGGUUUUAUUAUAAUGGCUUAGAUGGUUCUGGCUUAGUUCAUAAGAUUUAAUCAUAAUUAGACAGUAUGCAUAUAUAAAAGAAAUGUAAAUAAAUGGCCAAAAUAUACAUGAAUAUAUAAUUAUUAGAUUUUACAUGCAUCAUAAUAGC